AACGUAUAAAUCAAGUGAUGUGAUAAGUAAAUAAAUAACUCUGUAAAUUAAUAAAAUUAGUUUAAUAAAAUAGGAGAUUAAAUAUAUUACAGAAAUUAAUGUAUUUAUAAUUAACUUACUAAAAAUUUAUUAAUAAUCAACUACUAUGACAAUCUUAUCCGAGUCACUUUUAUUCGCAUUCGCACUUCUUGAUACAGGAGCUGUGCUAUUUCUGCUGGUGUAUUUUGUAAUUGCAUUAUCGGAUCUUGAGUGUGAUUAUUUAAAUGCACAGCAAUGUUGUGCAAGACUAAAUAAGUGGAUAAUACCAAAGAUAGCGGCACAUAGUUUUUUGGAUUUUUUAAUGUUAAUACAUGGUCAAUGGUUGCUUGCACUAGUUAAUCUUCCAAUGACUAUGUGGCUGUGUUAUGAAUAUUUUACAAUACCACGAGGUAACCUUGGUGUCUUUGAUCCUACUGAAAUACACAACAGAGGUCAACUAAAGAAACAUAAUCGAGAUUGUAUGAUUUACCUUGGAUACAAUCUUAUAUUCUUUUUCAUCUAUCUUUACUGUUUGAUAAUAGCACUGCUGCGCGGAGACCCGAUAAACAGAAAAGAUGACGAUGUCAUUGAGUUUUAAGUGAACCAUUAAAAAUUUACUAAGUGUUUGAAUACUUUUUGUACGCUUUUUAAACAUCAAUUUAUUGUCGACAUUAUUUCAGUGAUAUUUCUAUUUUAUGGUUCUUAGUACGUAUUUCAUUAUUCACGAAAAAAUUUCGUAAUUUAGCUACAAAAAAAUCCAUAUUUCUUUAUUUAUUUUAAUUAUUCAAUGUCAUUGUAAGAUUAUUAAAUUUGAAAGUAAAAACUGACGUAAAAUAAUAAUAACAAUAUUUAUAUUUUCUAG